AUGGCUUCCAAUCCUUCCUGUAUUUUCUGUAAAAUCAUCAAAGGCGAAAUUCCAUCUUUCAAGUUAAUUGAAACUGCAAAGACUUACUCCUUUUUAGAUAUUCAACCAACUACUGAAGGUCAUGUUUUAAUCAUUCCUAAAUACCACGGAGCUAAAUUGCACAAUAUCCCAGAUGAUUAUUUGAGUGAUUUGUUGCCAGUUGUCAAGAAAUUGACCAAAGUUUUGAAAUUGGAUGAAAACAAUACCCCAGAAGGUGAAGGUUACAAUAUUUUACAAAACAACGGAAGAAUUGCUCAUCAAGUUGUCGAUCACGUUCAUUUCCAUUUGAUUCCAAAGAGAGAUGAAGCCACUGGUUUGGGUGUUGGUUGGCCAGCUCAAGAAACUGACUUUGAAAAAUUAGGCAAACUUCACGAAGAAUUGAAGAAAGCAUUGGAAAAUGAAAAAUUAUAA